AUGUCUCAAACUCCUUCCAGUCCAGAAAUCAAAAGGGCUUUAGAAGAGAGCCCAGAGACUAACAUUGACAAUGAAUCCGCGCCACCUCCCCAUGCCCAGCAAUUACUUGAUCUUAUCGAUAUUCGCCUGUUUCUGCCCUGCAUAUCCUAUAAACAUUGUUGCAUUUGUUUUCUCUAUAAUGGUAAGUAA